GAAUUCCCGGCAGGCCGCUCCGCUUCCUGGUUAGCCGCGCUCCCGGCGCCGGACCGGCUGCGAGGAGAAGCCUUUUGGGGCCGGGGGAAGAACCUGUUCCUCCGGUGGCUGGGGGAGGACGAUGGCGUACCGAGAGCUGGUGAGGAGCUGGCACCAAGGCGUGCUGGCGGCCGAUAACGAAGACUGGGAUGCCGCCCUGAGACUCUUCUCCAGUGUCCAGGACCCCCCUUCUCGGAUUUGUUUCAACAUAGGCUGCGUGCACCUCCUAACAGGGAACCUGGAGCAGGCUCUGCAGGCAUUCGAUAAAACAGUUACCAAGGACAAUUCUCUAGCUGUUGGCUUCUUUCAGAGAGGGUUUGUCCAUCUGCAGUUAGAAAUGUAUGAAGAAGCUCUCUCUGACUAUCGUAUGGCCUUCACUCAUCUAAGAAACAAUCCGUUCAUCGAUUACAAGCAGCUGGGGCUGAGACACAUACUCAGUGCAUGGGAGGUGCUGUACAGCACAGCAGCAGCGCAGUGCCGGCUGAGGCAGUGGCAGGAAGCUAGAGUUACCUUAGAAAAGGCUGUUGUGUGGAGACCCGAAGGAAGAACAGCAAUCCUGGACCAGGCCCUUGAGCAGGUGCAGGAGCAUCUGUUUUUAGAGCCCAUGCAGGUUCCACUUGGGGAAUUUUUCAGACCACGAAAGAAGGAAGUUGAAGAGCUGAAUUCGAAAGAUUUCCUGGGUAAACCUAAGGUGAUCUCCUCCAUCAUUCCCAAUGAUGAAUACAUCGGCUUCGAGCCUCUUAGACCUCAGAAACAGGGCUUUUAUGAACCCAGUGCCAAUGCUUUGCGAGACCGUGAAUCAGGCUACUAUCGAGUUUUGUCCCAUUAUUACCCUGAGGACUCAGAAAAGUUGGCAGUGAAAGCCAACAGUUUGGUCUUUGUGCUGACUAGAGGAGCAGAUGGCUGGGCUACAGCCAUACAUGAUGGACAGAAGCUGCAUAUACCAACCUCUCUCCUGGAGCCUGCUCCUGCCCCAAAGAUGGAUAAAUGGAAGAUCAGCAAUGGGAUUCCCCUCCCUCCUGCCAAGGUGCCUCCCAGCCGACUCCACGUGAAACAAAAGCCAGAAUCUCCUGAAGGAGAAAAUGCCUCUGCAAAUGAUGAUGUUUCCCAAGUGGCCUUUAAGAUCCCACCGGCACGAGAAGAAUCUUUACCCAGCACAGACAGACCCAUUGUAUUGAGAGUCCACUGUGACUGCACCAUAGCGGUGAGAUCAGGCGAGGUGCCAUCUCUGCCAGACCUACGGGCUCUGCUGAGGGAGAAGUUCAGCCAGCAUGCAGAGCAAGGGAAGUUGAGCUACAGGCAUGCGGACAGCAAAGAAUUCGUAGCAGUUUUGGGAGAGGAAGAUCUGGGAAAGAUGUGGCGACAGUUAAUAGAUGGCAGACUGACACUCUGGUGCGAGGACUCGAAUUCCCCCUCAGGCAGACCAGUCCUCUACAGGAUGCUGGCUCAGCAUGGUUACCUUGCGCAGGGGCCAGGGGACCUGGAGUUCAGCAAAGGAGACACGCUGGACAUUCUCUCUGAAGUGAACGAGGACUGGCUUGAAGGACACUGCAAUGGCAAGACUGGCAUCUUCCCCAAAUGCUUUGCAACUCAGUCUGAUUGCAGUACUACGUCCCUAUAGGCCACACUAUGCAAAGAGCCUACUGCCAUCAGUCCUGCCUCCUGUGGGUCAGAGAUGCUAGUACCAGCUCAUUCUGGCCACAGCUAGCCCAUCAAGGCACUCUGAUGAAGCUGGCUACACUCGACAGGAGAUGUCCCACACCUUUGGAUCCCAUGGGGUCAGUUCCAGCAGUCUGGCAGCAUUUUCUACAGCAUUUUCCAAGACAUGGCAUUUUUACCUCUGUUCUUACAAUGCCAAAGGUAUGUUUUUAUGGGCAGAGAGAAGAGUGAGAGAUUUGAUAUUUGGCUACAGGAAAUGCCCAUGCAGCAACCAGAGGAGCCCACCUUAACUUCAAGAGCUCAGACUGAUGGGUGGGAAGAGAUUCCUCUAAAUGGAGGAGUUUACCACCUCUCCCUCUGCUGCCCAAGUUCAGGCUGGGGAGGCUGAGCCUCGCUCUUACGGGGCUGAGCAUAGCCAUCUGUGAGCAGGAGGCAAAGUCAGUUCCCUGUGUCCCUGUGCCGUGUAUUCUUAUUCGUACCAAAGAGCAAACUGCUGCUCUCUUUUGAAAGCCUUCUGCAACAAGUUUGCAGUGGGGUAUAUGGGGUGACAUCAGGCGUUAGGCCCACCGUGUGUGAGCUCCAUGUAUCAUCACAGCAGGAUCUACAAGAGAGCAAAAGGCACUUAUCACUUUUGUGCCCAGAUUCCUUUGGUUCUUUUUUGAAGUCCUUGAAAAGUCCUGUCUACAUUUUACUACCCCAUCCUGUGUGAGCAGCAGUCUUGCAGCACAGAGGAGAAGCAGCUGUGGAAACACUCCUGCUCACAGGGCACUGGGCUCUUACAGGGGUGACUGCUUGGAUGGGCCAGGGAGAAAUUACUGUCUGGUUCCUCCAGCUGAGCUGUGCUGGGCUGAGCUGUUUUAAAUAAAAUACUCUAGUGCCUGGAGCUGGAACCUGCUAUGGAUUUAGUGUCUGACUAAGCUGGGCUACGUAACCUGAAUAUAAAAUAAACUCUGGACCAGUGUUGGCAGCUCUUAA